GAGGCUGGUGACACGUGCCAGCGAGAUCUCGGUGGCCGAUGUGAAAAAUCCAUCCAAGCCAACCAAGCGUGACCCACUAAAACGAAAUAAUACCCGCCACCCAGACCCCCCCAAAAGAAAAAAACGAUCUUAAAGCUCCCGUGACCUCCUUCCUGAGUUCGAUGAGACGAUCUGCAACCUUUGUAAUGCGACUCUGGCCAAGUCCGUAUGAGUGCAUUCCCCAGUGACGGGGGGGUGGGGAAUGCACUUGUUUGCAUUUUCGUUCGCUUGUCCCACAUAAUGCACAGUUAAAAGGCUUGUAAGGAUUUUAUGACGAGGUAUAAAAUGUAGGUCAAGGUUUUUUUUUCCCCCUACUGUAUAUGUCCAUGUGUUGAAAGGCAGCUGCAUGUGACCGCGGGAAACCCUCUCUGGCCUGUCAGAUUCCUUGACCUCAGGCCAGCUGAGUGAGGGGGCGGGUUGGGGAGGGGGGUCAAGAUCCUGUUACUGAGACAUCAGCCAACAUCCAGAGUGUAGUAGCCAAAGUGUUCAUUGCAGGUGUUGGCCAAAUCAGAUUGUCCACGUCGAGCGUUCAUUCGUCUACUGUAUUUUUGAUUCGGUUAUUUGCUUUCUACUGUAUAAUAACAGUACAGUAUAUGUGUCCAGCAGCCAAAGUGUUCUUCGCAGGUACCGGCCAAUGAUUUCAUGCCGAGCUUGAUUAUGUAGCCAAUGAGAAAGGCCGUGGCACUUGAUUGGUCAAGCUUCUGAGUCAGCUGACCCCGGGGGAAGUUAUAAAUCGAUGGCGGCAGCGGGAGCAAUGAUUCGUCCGUUGCAGUGUCAUUUGUGGGUUCAUGUAACUAUAUAUUUGUAUGUUUGUCAUCUAAUUUAUGAAAAGGAAACUAUCCAAGUUUAUUUAUUGCUAACUAUAAGGUGAGUUUUUGAUUUGUGUGUGGUUGUCAAAUUCGGGACCUGAUGAGCUAAUCUCCAAUUCAUUACCCUCCCAACACACGCCUAACCCCCCCCCCCCCCACCUCAAGAAUAGUGAAGAAACUGCGUCAAAAUGGUUGCCACAAGCACCUUGAAACCCAAAUCAAACGAGUACACCUGCGACGUGGCUGAGUGGAGAAACGACCAGACUUCCUUCGAAAAGGAACCGGAUUUUUGGGAGCCCUGGUGGGCCGAGAGCCAGAGGAAUUCGGAAGCCACCAAGGACAGAAGCUGUCUCCGGUUGGCCAAAAUGCUAGAGAGCUGCCUGUCGCGAGCAAAAAGGUCGACCCUCCACUGUGCCACUGUGCUGGUCCCGGAGCAGCUCACGCGGCGGAUCGCAGGGCAAAUGCUGCGGUUGGCAUCCUGCGAGCCGUGCGGCUUGCGCGGCUGCGUCCUGGACGUCGUCCUGGAAAUGGACAAGGGCUGCAAUCGACUGGAGCGCUUGGUUUACGACGCCAGCGUGGUGCCCACCUUUGAGCUGACUCUAGUGCUCAAACAGGACGCCGCCGUCUGGCCCAGCUUGCGCGACUUGCUUUUUAUGGGCACCUGCUUCGCGCCGUCCUUUAGACGCGCGCUGAAACUGAGUCGAGGCUUCCGACUUGUCAAGAAAAAACUUUACUCCUCCUCGGGUGGCACAGUGAUCGAGGAGUGCUGAACUACAUACGUGCUCUUUGCCUCAGUCGUGAAAUGUACACUGUUUACAGUGCAUAUAAAAAGUGCACACUCCACUGUUUUAAUGUGAGGUUUUUAUGAUAUAAAAAUAUAAAACUAUGAUAAAUAAGUUCAAAACUUUUUCCACCUUUUAAUGUGAAUUAGAACAUGUCCAGUGCAAUCGAGGGAAAAAAAUGGAGAUGUAAAUACCCGGACUUUGAAUGUGAUUAAUUCUGAAUACUUUACAUCCAUCCCUAUUUUCAGAGGGUGUGCGCACUUCUGCAACCGCUGUUUUCCUCCAAUUGAGUGUUACAGGCCUCUAGUCACAUGAUGGGUGGAAAAAGUUAUAUAAUGGUAAAUGUAAUUUUCAUAUCACCAAACUCUCAAGUUUGAACAAGGGUGUGUGGACUUUUUCUAUGACUUGCAUGUUGAUUCUAUUUGCUCACGUUCCUGUCCGCAGUUCUCCUAUUUGCAUCACAUUUUUUGGAACUUCUCUCCAGCAAUGAAGUUCUCCGGCAUUUUUGGCUUUGUCGAUAUGAUGACUGCUUGGCAACAGUUAACAUUAAUUUAAAUAGCAGGCCUCAUUGCACUCGUGUGACCUUUUUUUUAAUGUCAUUUUUCCACAUCCACGCAAGUUUCGUCUACAUUUAAUGGCACUUUUAAAUCCGUGUUUGCAUUUGAUUGAAAUCUUUUUGCUGUCUCGUGGACUAUAAAACAUUUCGACCU